UAUUCUAUUUUUAAAUCUGCCAAACAGCUGACAAGUUAGGAAGCACAAGCUCUCUCGGCUCUCUCUUUUCUCUCUGUGUCCUGGUCAGCGACACAAAGUCUCACCCCUUGUCGGAGCUUGAACCUACGCCAAGUUUUGCUGCAUUGGUCCCGCUCUCCUUCCUACGAGGCGAUAGUCGGACAGCACGAGAUCCCAAAAGGACCCCGAGCAGAUGUCAAGCAACCACCAAAGGAGCAGCAUCGUCGUCGUCGUCGUCCUCGCCCACACAUCGUUCUUUACCGUUACAGCUGUAGGUUCGGCUCAGUACCGUUAAGUUCGCCAAUCGCACAAGUUCGAUUCCCAAAACGCUUGGGUUUUUUUUAUACCAGCAAGAACUAGACAACACACAGAUAUCUGGGAAUGUUGUAAGACGUGGAUUAAUGCACUGCAAACCGUACAAGUGCGCCGUGAAAGAAAACGCAAUUAAAAGUGCAUUAAAAAUUAAACGAAUAGUGCUUGUGUGUGCGUGCCAGUGAGGCAAAAAGUUUUGCCUGCGCCAAAUUGGCAAAAGUUAAAUGUUUAAAGAGCCAAGUUGGGCGAAUUAUGUGAAAGUUUCAACUCGAUAGGCGAAAACACAAUGUUUCGGUAAUUGGCAGCAGGUGGAAAAGCAGUCCGAAAAAGCUCGGGAUAACGAGCCACGGCAGACCGAAAGAGGACCAACCCAGAUUCGCAAAGUUCGUGCCAUAAAUCUGCAGUUUGCAUGGAAUUAAUACCCGACUAGAAGGCGGCGGCAGACGGAGGUGCUGCACAUGCAACACACAUUAGUGGGUCACUCGAAGAUGAUGACGCUGCUGACCACAGCCCCAACCACAACGGCAACCGCAACGGCAGAAGUAAAACCAACAAAAACAAGCGAAACUCGAGCCGAUUUGUGGCAGCGGGGGCAAAUUAUAUAAAAUUAUCAUGCAGGGCAGGCAGCUAGCUAGUUGGCCACUCGACAACGGCAGGCGGGACAAGGCUAAACAUCCUCAUCAGCAGCAGUACAGCCACAACCAAAGCCACAAGCACAAGCACCACCAUCACCACCAGCAACAACAACAACAGGAACAACAGCGGCCGGCGGCGUAUACGUAAUGUGCGCCAUGACGUAUACGUAAUGUGCAUCAGGGUUUGGCCAAUUUGUCCAAGCAAGCUAUAAACCACUAAGCCAGCGGAAACGCAAACGAAAAAACGAAACUCGAGCUGCAAAAACUAAAACAUAAACCGAAACUGCUAACGACGCAAACGGAAACUUCUUGGCCAAAUGGCGAAAGUUCUCAAACAAUUGCGAAUGUGUUGAGAAGCGGCAGCCGGUGCGAAAAUGACAAAAUGGCGAAGUUAACGUUGCCUUGUCUACUGCGGCGACUGCAGCUGAUGGCGCUGCGAUUGCAACUGCAACUGCAACAGCAGCCACAACAACAUCAACAACAGCAGCAGCUGCAUCCACACGGCUGCCACUUGAUGGCCAUGCAACUGGGCCAGGCCGUGCUCCUCUACGGCUGCCUCCUGCUGCUCCACGCCUCCGUGUCCGCCUCUGUCCUGGCCUCGUCCUCCGACACGGCUGCCAUUCCGACCCUGCUGAACAUCUCCGGCACGGCGGAUCUGGAUGAAGCACCGCAGCAGCAACAGCCGGAGCAACUCGAGAAGCGCACGCGAAAGCGUGAUGCCGCCAAUGUGCCUGAUGAUGACGACUAUGGCAGUUAUCCGGACGACGUCGACGAAUUGGAGGCCUUGCUAAAUAAUAAGUCAGCUAAGGGGAAAUAUAUUGGAGCGCCGUGCAACGAGCUGAAGUGUGACGUCAAGCUGCUGCACGUAUCCUGCGACAAGGAUUCGCAAACCUGCAGCUGCGAACGCAACUACCCAGUGCAACUUGGACUGAUAAAGGGUUGCGCCAAACCUAAAAAACUGGGCGAUCAGUGUUUCUACGACGAGACCUGCAUCUACAACGACGAGAAUUCCCUUUGUGUUCAGGUGCGGCACAAUGCGAUGUGCCAGUGUGCCAGCGGAUUUCACUCAGUCAGCUACGUCAAGCCAACGCGCCGUGUCUUUUGCACUCCAGAUCUCAGCGAACUGAGUUCGGACCUGCCCACCUUGCUGGGCGUCUCCACGGGCAUCGCGGUUCUGGCCGGGCUCAUCUGCAUGGUGCUGCAUCUGUUCAGCAAGACGAAGUAUCCGCGGCAUCGAAACUACGGAGAUGCCAGCAUUCCGCCGCCCAUUCUUUACUCCAGCGAUACAGGGAUACCGCUUACCGUUCACUCGGCGCGUCCGUCGUCGCGUUCCAGCAUCCGGUCGACGGGAUCGAUUGGCUCCUAUGGCAACCGACGCGCCUCGGUCGGCGGACUGGGCGGGGGUGGCGGUGGAGGCGUGGCCGGAGGCGGGGCCGGCGGAGGAGGGGCGUCUGGAAGCGGCGGCUCGAAGGGCAUCCUGGUGUCGACGUCACGAACAGGUGCGGCUAGAUCGGCCGCCAUAUUGCUCAUAUCGUGUCACAUAGCGGCGGUGUCCAAACAGAAUUCCCGGGCCUCGUCGCGGCACACAUCCGGAGCGGGAUGCAGCCAGCAUUCGCGGGACGACCUUGAUGAUGGUGGUGGCGGUGGCGGUGGAACUGGUAGUGGGAGUGGGUGCCGCAGCUGCGAGAGCACACUCUCGAUGAACCGCCACCUGCAGAAGCAACUGAACCACCAGCGGCAUCUGCUCAGCUUCGAGCUGUCGCCGGCGAGGUCGAGGAAUCAGGAUAGAUUUAGGACAUUGUUGGGCAUGAAUGGCAUUGAGAAUUUUGGGGGCACUGAGGAUGAGGACGAUGAGUGCGGUCCGCAUAGCAUAGAACCCAGCACAACAGUUCCUCAUGCACAUGAUGCCCAUGCCAUUGCCCAUGCCCAUGCCCAUGCCAUUGCCCAUGCCGAUAGCGAUCCGGCUUAUCCAGAUGCUGUUACUGGUGGCAGUGGUGCUGGUGGUGGUUAUGCUGGUGGAGGUGGAGGUGGUGGUGGAGGUGGUGUUGGUGGCUACGGCUACGGCCAUGUCGGUGUGGUUGGUGGUUACGGUUACGAUGCCGACACCAAUGGCGGCGACUCCAGCGGCGGAUUCGCCACUGGCGCCGAGCUGCAUCACCUGCAAAUUGGCGCACUGCCCACGCCGGCGAGUGAAACGCCACGAUUUGCGGUUCUCGAAGACCAAGUCUAGCGUCGGUGCACAGCACCAGCUCCUCGGUGCGCAGCUACAGCAUGAUGCGCUUCGAGAAGGAGACGCAGCAGAAGGAGAUCCGGCAGGAGAUGAAGCUGCGACUGGCCCGCUUGCAGCAGCAGCAGCAU